AUGUUUCCCAGGCCUGUCUUGAACUCCCAGGCUCAAGUGAUUCUCCUGCCUCAGCCUCCCAACAUGCUGGAUCACAGGCAGUAGCCACCUCACCUGGCCAAUUUUCCCUUUACAAAAACUGGAAUGCUGAGCCCAGCCACGUCAGUCUUGGCUGGACUCACUGCCCACCUCUGGGACCUUGGCGGUGGGGUGGGAAGGAGGACCUCAAAGGCUCAGCGAGUCCACCCCCAGCCCAGCCACCAGCGCUGGCCUCCUCCUCCGCAACACCCAGGCCCUUAUCAGGAAAGGAUUUGGGUUGGUGGGGAGGGCGGGGUGGGGGAAGUCGGAGGCCCCAGGCUCAGCAAGGUGGGUAGGAGAGAUAGGGAAGUGGGGAGGGGGCUGCGGGCCCCUGCUGGGCGGGGGAGGGCAAUGGGAGGGAUGCCCAGAAUGGGCACGGUGGGGGACUUUGGCUAAGCUCUGUCCUCGCUGGGCUGGCCCUCAACAUGGUUCCAGGACUUCUGCCUCCCAUCCUUGCCAGGCAAGUUGCCUGCACCUUUAAUUAGCAAGCAGCAGUUUCUCUCCAAUUCAUCACGGUCGCUGUUUAAUUAGCCGAGCCCAGGGCGCCCCCACCCCCAGCUCUGCCUGCCUGUCUUACCAAGGCCACCACCACCUCAGGGUGUCCCCUGUUACCACCCCCCACACUUAUUCUGCUCCCCAGAAUGGAGGAUGGGCCUGGCAUGCCCAGCUGAAACCUCAAGGAGAUUCUGGGCACCGGCGCUUGUAUUCAAGGCAUCCAGCAAACAUGAUUAGGGACCGAGGCUGCGCCGGGCUGGCUCUGGCUAGAACCCCAGCCAGACACGCGGGGCAGGCUCUGGUCCUGUCCAGCUGCUGGAGAAUGGCUUCUCCCUUGGCAGGCGCUGAAACGUCUCUCUGGCUUGGUCCCUGGGUGCUGGGAAGAGGCUGCAGUACUCCUGUGUGUCACUCCCACCCCACAUCCGGAAAGGGACACCAUAUCUUCCUCUUCCUCUCUCUUCCAGAGCCCAGAAAGCUCCUCUGAGAAUGCUGGACCUCAGGCCAGGGGCCCAUGCUCUGCACCCGGCCCUCAGCAGCCAGAUCCUAGAGGCCUAGUCCAAGCUGUGGGCCAAGGGAGGGGGGCGGGCUGAGGCCUGCUUUGUGUCGGCAGGGUCUGGGGAAUCGGGAGCACUGGCGGGAGCCCAUGGUCUGGGGCUGAACCAGGCCUCUUCUGUUUCCCUGAAGAAGAGUGAGGCUGAGGGCCCUUGGAACAGAGCCCCUGUGUCAUUCUGUGCAGGGCCAGGGUAGCCACUAGUCACUGUGGGCAGAAACAUGAAGCAGAGUCCCAAGCCUGUGCUCCUGCUGGGCUGUGGGAGGUGUGACCCUUCUACUGUUUCGUGGACUGAGAACAUGAAGGGACUGGCAUUUGCUAUGUUACCCUGUGGUGCCAUCAGCGUGUUGUGACAGGGGCAGGAGGAGUGUGCUAGAACCCACCCACUCUGGUACUGCCCAUCUCUGUGGCCUGGGCCAGCCAGCAAACCGUACCAUGCCUUAGUUUCCCUAUGAUUCAUAGCUGCUUCAUGGGCUGAUGUGAGGAUUAAAUGGCUUGCAAUGUGUUUGGA